GAUCCGGGCAUAGGGAAGAGCCAGUUGCUACGUGCAGCGGCCAGCGCAGCACCUCGUGCUGUGUACGUCUGUGGGAAUGCCACAUCGGCGGCUGGCCUCACUGUCAGCACUGGGCGGGAUCAAUCAGGUUCGGGUUUCGGUCUGGAGGCAGGCGCCCUUGUCCUCGCUGACCAGGGCUGCUGCUGCAUAGACGAGUUCGACAAAAUCUCAUGUGACCCCGCUUCCCUGUUGGAGGUGCUUGAGCAACAGACCGUUUCUGUGGCCCGUGCCUUACUAUUCAUCAUCUCCUCUUCCUUUUCUGCACGCAGGUUCGACCUUAUUUUUAUCCUUCCCGAUCGACCCUCUGAAAGGCAAGAUCGGCGGCUAUCCGAGCAUAUUUUGGCCUUGCAUACUGGAAAACAGCGCGACAGGUGGGCCUUCGGAGGAAAUGCCUCUGCUGCCAACGUCUAUGCCGGUAGCGAAGAGUCCCUGGAGGCUCGGCUUCAACUGCCUCCUGGCUUCGAUUACAGCCGCCUCAUAUCACCGAGUCUGCUCCGAAAGUACAUUGCUUACGCUCGGCGUUAUGUCCACCCAAGGCACGUAUUUUUUAAUUUUUUUUCUCCCCAGCAGUUGAUCGUAACUUGUUUGAAAAGUUGGAUUUAG